GUUAACUGAUAAUGGAUACCAUCUUCUCCCUCUCUCCAUCUCCGCCACCCUUCUCCGCCGCCAUUCUCACCGGAAACCACCACUCCGCCACCGUCUUCUCCUCCCUCAGAAAAUCCUCCUCCAACUCACCUGAAAAAAUCCCUCCUCCAUACACUCCUAUAUUUACCAAAAAACCCCUCAAACAUCUACUUAAUUCCACCCCACCACCUAAUCUCCAUAACAAGCUAUGGCUAUCCAAGAAACUGUCACCACCCCCAGCCCCACCCCCACCCCCAACCCCAACCCCUCCACCACUAUUAGCAAAAAAUGAGGAAAUGCGGAAAAGAGUUGAAAAUAAGGAAAAAGGAAGAAUCUUUGUGGGGAAUUUGCCAUUAUGGAUUAAAGAGAAGGAGGUUACUGAGUUUUUUAGACAAUUUGGGGCUAUAAAGAAUGUGAUUUUGAUAAAGGGUAAUAGUGGGAAUGAAAAGAAUAUGGGUUUUGGGUUUUUGAAAUAUGAGGGUCCAAUUGCAGAGAAAGCAGCUAUGAAGGCAGUGGAGUUUGAUGGUGUUGAAUUUCAUGGAAGGGUAUUGACUGUGAAAUUGGAUGAUGGGAGGAGAUUGAAAGAGAAAAUAGAGGAGAGGAACAUGUGGCACGAGGCGAUGGAGGGGUCUGGGAGAGAUUUCAAGAAGGUUCUAGAAACACAGCCGGAGAAUUGGCAGGCGGUUGUUCGGGCUUUUGAGAGAAUCAAGAAGCCAUCCAGGAAAGAGUUUGGCUUAAUGGUGAACUACUACGCAAGGAGGGGUGACAUGCAUCGUGCACGUGAAACCUUUGAGAAGAUGUGUGCUCGAGGAAUAGAACCAACUUGUCAUGUAUAUACCAACCUUAUUCAUGCUUAUGCAGUGGGUAGAGACAUGGAAGAAGCACUAUGUUGUGUGAGGAAAAUGAAAGAUGAAGGAAUUGAAUUGAGUCUUGUAACUUACAGCAUUCUUAUUGGAGGAUUUGCCAAAGUCGGCAAUAUAGAAGCUGCUGAGCGAUGGUUUGAGGAAGCCAAAAAGAGGGAUCUGACAUUAAAUGCAAUCAUAUAUGGGAAUAUCAUCUAUGCUAACUGCCAAACAUUCAAUAUGGAUCGAGCCGAAGAAUUGGUCAGGGAGAUGGAAGAGGAGGGUAUCGAUGCUCCAAUUGAUAUCUAUCAUACCAUGAUGGAUGGUUAUACUAUGAUAGGAAAUGAAGAAAACUGUCUCAUUGUAUUUGAUAGACUUAAGGAGUGUGGAUUUACACCUUCAGUUGUCAGCUAUGGAUGUUUGAUGAACCUCUAUAUCAAGAUUGGUAAGGUAUCCAAAGCUUUUGAGGUCAGUGAAAUGAUGAAAUUGGCUGGCAUAAAGCAUAACAUGAAGACAUAUUCCAUAUUGAUGAAUGGAUUCAUAAAUUUGAAAGAUUGGGCUAAUGCUUUUGCAAUUUUUGAGGAUGUAAUAAGAGAUGGUUUGAAGCCAGAUGUGGUACUUUAUAAUAACAUUAUCAGAGCAUUUUGUGGCAUGGGUAACUUGGAUCGCGCCCUACGCAUUGUUGAGGAAAUGAAGAAGGAGAGGUAUAUGCCAAACUCACGGACAUUUAUGCCAAUCAUUCAUGCUUUUGCAAAAGCUGGAGAAGUAAGAAGAGCACUUGACGUUUUUGAUAUGAUGAGGAGGAGUGGAUGCAUUCCAAGUGUUCACACUUUCAAUGCUUUAGUUCUUGGCCUUGUUGAGAAGCGUCAGAUGGAGAAGGCUGUACAAAUUUUAGACGAUAUGUUGCUUGCCGGCGUUAGUCCAAAUGAAUACACAUAUACAACCAUUAUGCAUGGUUAUGCAUCUCUUGGUGAUAUUGGAAAAGCUUGUGAAUAUUUUUCAAAAGUUAAAAAUGAGGGUUUAGAGCUCGACAUAUAUACAUAUGAGGCGUUACUCAAGGCAUGCUGUAAAUCAGGCAGGAUGCAAAGUGCUUUGAUGGUGACAAAAGAAAUGAGUGCCAAAAGCAUCCCAAGGAAUACCUUUGUUUAUAACAUAUUAAUUGACGGAUGGGCUCGACGAGGUGAUGUCUGGGAGGCUGCUGACCUGAUGCAACAGAUGAGACAAGAAGGAGUUCCACCUGACAUCCAUACAUUCACGUCAUUCAUAAAUGCUUGUUGUAAAGCUGGAGACAUGCAAAGAGCAAUGAGAGCAGUUGAAGAGAUGGAAACUGUUGGGAUCAAACCUAACUUAAAAACCUAUACCACUCUUAUACAUGGUUGGGCACGAGCUUCUCUUCCCGAAAAGGGUUUGAAAUGUUUUGAACAGAUGAAGCAAUCUGGUCUGAAACCAGACAAAGCUGUAUACCACUGUGUAAUGACAUCAUUGUUGUCAAGGGCAGCAGUUGCUGAUCAAGAUAACAUUAUAACGGGAAUCCAACAUGUUUGUGAAGAGAUGGUGGAGUCUGGAUUGACUGUUGAUAUGGGAACUGCAGUUCAUUGGUCCAAGUGCUUGAGAAAAAUUGAGAGGACUGGUGGUAAUAUAACAAAAUCCCUUCAAAAGACCUUCCCACCUGAUUGGAGUUCUCACCGAACUCUUAAUGCAACAUCAAAUGACGAUGAGAAUGAGGAAGGGUCAGACAGUGGUGACGAUGAACGUAGUUCUUUUUAUGAGAUAAAGAAAUGCUAACAAUGAUUCAGAUUUCUAGAAGGAGGCGUUGGCAUAAUCUUUAUCAGCCUAGCUGCUGCUUGUGCCCAAGAGUCCCUAGGUGUGUAUGGAAUUUUGACACUAGUUUGUCUUGAUCAAGAUUGUUUUAUUUUAUCGUAAACAACUUAUCUAUUUCUACGAGGUAGGGGUAAGGUCUGUGUACACUCUACCCUUCUCGGGGAUUACACUGGGUAUGUGAUUGUUUGGCUUGAUUAAGAUUGUGCAAUUUAUUCCAUAUUCUUGAAUUGUAAAUGUCUCUUUUUGGUUUAGACUUGAAGUAGUUAAAGGGAUUAGUUUUGGAUGUACAAAUAUGUAUUAAAUCUGUAACUUUUGUUAAAUGCACAUUAUUAUUUUGCAAUUUUCAUUUUUUCUUGUAA